AUGUCGGAGUUUUGGUUAAUUUCCGCCCCUGGAGAUAAGGAAAAUGUGCAAGCUCUGGAGAGGAUGAAUACUGUAACCUCCAAGUCCAACCUGUCUUAUAAUACCAAAUUCGCUAUUCCUGACUUCAAGGUUGGAACAUGUGACAGUAUUUUGAGGACAGCUUCCUACUCUGACCAGCUCUUUUUCUUCUCUCUCCAAAGCCUCAUAAGAAGAAUGGCUCAGAGCGUGGUGGAAGUCAUGGAGGACUCAAAGGGGAAGGCCCAGGAGCACCUCCUGGCAAACGGAGUUGACUUAACAUCCUUUGUGACCCACUUUGAAUGGGACAUGGCCAAAUACCCUGCCAAGCAGCCGCUCGUGAGCGUGGUGGACACAAUAGCCAAGCAACUGGCGCAGAUCGAGAUGGACCUGAAGUCCCGAACGGCCGCUUACAACACUCUGAAGACAAACCUGGAGAACCUGGAAAAGAAAUCCAUGGGGAACCUCUUCACCCGGACACUGAGUGAUAUUGUGAGCAAGGAGGACUUCGUGCUGGAUUCUGAGUAUCUCAUCACACUUCUGGUCAUCGUCCCCAAACCAAACUAUUCACAAUGGCAAAAAACCUACGAAUCUCUCUCAGAUAUGGUGGUCCCUCGAUCAACCAAACUCAUUACUGAGGACAAGGAGGGGGGCCUUUUCACUGUGACUCUGUUUCGAAAAGUGAUCGAAGACUUCAAAACCAAGGCCAAAGAAAACAAGUUCACUGUUCGUGAAUUUUACUAUGAUGAGAAAGAAAUUAAAAGGGAAAGGGAGGAGAUGGCCAGAUUACUGUCCGAUAAGAAGCAACAGUAUCAAACUUCCUGUGUUGCUCUUAAAAAGGGAUCAUCCACCUUCCCGGACCACAAGGUUAAGGUAACCCCGCUAGGUAACCCUGAUAGGCCCGCUGCGGGGCAGACCGACAGAGAGAGAGAGAGUGAGGGCGAGGGUGAGGGCCCCCUGCUGCGCUGGCUCAAGGUGAACUUCAGCGAAGCUUUCAUUGCCUGGAUCCACGUGAAGGCCCUCAGAGUGUUUGUGGAGUCCGUGCUGAGGUAUGGACUACCAGUGAACUUCCAGGCAGUGCUCCUGCAGCCGCUUAAGAAGUCAUCCACCAAGCGUUUAAGAGAGGUUCUAAACUCUGUCUUCCGACAUCUGGAUGAAGUAGCCGCUACAAGUAUACUGGAUGCAUCUGUGGAGAUCCCGGGACUGCAACUCAAUAACCAAGACUAUUUUCCCUAUGUCUACUUCCAGAUCGACCUUAGUCUUCUCGACUAGCAAGGCCAGCUGGCACCUGUGGCUCAUGUUCGUGCAGACUAUUUAGCCAGAGAAUGGUUCAAACGUCUUACAGAACUAAGAUUUUUUUCAGAGAAAUUGCUCACAAAAGUUAGUGACAGUUGUAUUUAUUUUUUUUAAGUUACAAUAAAAUGCUCUCAAGUCCUUUGAAGGUUCUAACAAAUUCAAAACUUCAUUUUUCUGAAUGUUUUACAUAAAUGCGAACUACAUGUUCGCAUUGGUAACCUGCUGCUGUAUUUCAUGUCUUAAUGGCUAUUCUGAGGUUCGUAACAACAUAGAAAGCCUUGCACUGUAUAACCAGCUAGAUUCCUUAAUAACUAGUCACUAGAGACAGCCCAAAGACAAAUACUGGGCGGGAAAUCAGUGCUCACUGCGCCC